AUGCUUGGUCGCUUGCAUGCACUGGUGGUUGGUUGCGGCCUUGGCAGACAUCAGCCAGUGCUUGAAGCAGCAAAGCAGCUCUGCGCCAGAGCAGCUGCAGAAGGCUUGCCCGUCGUCCUGGACGCGGAUGGGCUCCAAGUGGCCAUCCAAUGGCCAAAAGCCUUGGAGGGGAUGAGCCGCACUUUGCUGACACCCAAUGCCUAUGAAUUUCGGCAACUUUGCCAGGCAGUAGGCCUUGAAGGCGACGGAAAAAGCCAGCUGGUCAAGCUUUGUGAGAAGCUUGAUGGGCCAGCUGUGCUGUUGAAGGGUGAAGAGGACCUGGUGGCUGAUGCCUCUGGACGUGUCGAGUGCUGUUCAGUGGAGGGCACGCCACGCCGCAGUGGAGGCUAUGGUGAUGUGCUGGCAGGGACACUGGGGACGUUACUGGCAUGGUCCAAGAACCGAGUGCAAGGUGAUGCUGUGCCUAUGGUGGACGCUGGCUGUGCAGCCUGUGAGCUGGUUCGCGCCAGCUGCCGUGCAGCCUUUGUGAGGAAGAAGAGGGCAAUGACGGCACCGGAUGUUUUGGCUACUUGGAGUCCUUUCGAUCGUGCCAUGGACGAACGGUCGACCUGCGGCAUUUGCCAGACGCCGCUCAACCCCCAGAGAUGGGCGCAGGCAAUUGUGCCAGAUUGCCAGCAUGGCUACCACCUGAAUUGCAUGCUACAAGCGGCACAGGGAGAUGACAAGUUUGAGUGUGCAACAUGCGAGGAGUUCAGAUCCUCCCCGAGGGAAGGCCUCCGGCUCCUCCUCGAAGAAUGCAGUGAAGAGUUACACAAACGAGAUCCUACGGAUAUAGAGUUUUCCCGGGCAGAGGAGAUCAAACGUGGUCGGGAGAUGAUACCAAUGCACCAGAUUCCUAGCUGUGUACUGUCCAUUCAAGGCUUGCGAUGCCUCGAUUUUACGGGACACCCGCUGGAGCGACUGCCGCCGGAGAUCCAGAAUCUGAAGUCUCUCACCAGGUUGGUCUUGUGUUCGACGAACCUUCGGGAGCUGCCUGUGGAGCUUUGCGAGCUCCGAAAUUUGCAACAGUUGGUGGUGGCCUGCUGUCCGAUCCGGCGGCUCCCAGAGCAGCUGUGCAAUUUGGUCCGCCUUUGGGACUUCUAUUUUGACGGCAAUCAGCUGGUGGAGAUGCCCGCAAGUUUUCCUCCACUCCUCAAUGGAAUCAAAGUCUCUGGCAACUUGCUGAAAGAGCUGCCGGACGGUGUAGGCAGAUGUCAUGACGUGAAGGCCGUUCGCGCUUAUGCCAAUCAGCUACGGUCCCUGCCAGACAGCAUUUGUGAGCUUGCUCAAGCCACGGAAAUGUCACUGCAGGGCAAUCGUUUAGAGUUGCUGCCCUCAUCACUGGGUUCAUUGCAGCAGCUUCAAUACCUUUCGUUGCACGACAACAACCUACGAGCGCUGCCAGCUUCCAUGGUGCACCUGGAAGAGCUCCGAUGGCUUUACCUCUACAACAAUCAACUCCAAGAUUUGCCAAAAGGAGUAGGAAGGCUGAAGAACUUGGAGCGUUUGCUGGUGGAGGCGAAUCCUUUCUCCAAGGCCACUCUGGAAGACUUGGCGGCUUCGCAGGGUCCACAGCUGCGACUCUUGGGUUUGGAUGCUGUGCAGGCGGCAACUCAUCCAGCCCCACCCUGGGCCUCCGUUGGAUGGAUGCUUCCAUGGGGAAAGCUCUAUGCGAAGCUCCAGCCUGCUUCACAGCUGAAACGGCCAGAAGGCGUCAAUCCAGUGAAAGGUGCCCGCCCACAACAGCAUCACGAUGUGUUGGUGGUUGCCUUCGCAGCCAGUCAGGGUGAGCCUGAGUGGCUUGGGGUGCUUAGUCAAGUGCAUGCAGGGCAGGUGUCAGUGGCAGAAGCCGAAGCUCAAAUAUCACUGGAGAACUUGGGAACCUUCUCUGAGCUUCACAGAAGGCUGCACGGAACAACGGUGGGCGAUGGUGAGGAUGAAGUGGAACAGUUGGCCUCAACUGCUUGGCUGCUAGCUCCACCUCAUCAUUCUGGGCGCAAUGGAGAGGUCCUCGAGGACUUCGACGUGCUAUCUCUGUGUGAUACUGCUGCCCAAUGGUAUGCCGACACAGCAGAGAGGGAGCAACUUCAUGUAGAGAGCAAGCUCAAGGAGAUUGCGCAGGAAUACCGGAGAGUCAUUCUGUUGGGCGUGCGCUUUGGCAGCAGAGAACAAAUUCAUCGCGAUAAAUCAAGAGUUCCCGGUAAGGCUGUGCACAGCUGA